GAGCCUCGUCUCCAGUCAACUAGCUCGAAGCGCUCAGUUCCAUUUUCGUUUUAGGAGAGCACACACCUCGGAAUUUUCGUUCGGGAAAAUCUGUGUAUUUUCUUCGCAUUGAAUCGAAUAUUGGUUUUUGGCGCCAUGGCGGAGAAGAAGAAACCGCUGCAACUGCUGCGAAUGGCGCGCUCUACCCUGUCGGUCAUCUACAAUGACCACUUCCUGUGGACCUUCGUCAAGAGCUACGGCCUCUUCUCCCUGGCGAUCCCCGUGGCCAAGUUCCUGGACGGCUUCCAGGUCCUGCCCACCAGUGGCGUCUGAUUUUCUUUUGUUUUCGAGCGGAGCUCUGCACACCACACGAAAAUUACACGUUCAUUAAACGAAGGCGGCAAGGCGGACCCAUA